CCCCCGGUCUCUUAGGUGAUGGUGCAGCCAAGAUGGCGCUGGCGGCGGCCGCGGCGGCCUGAGCGUCAUGCUCCGGGUCCUCGGCGGCGGCUGCGGCGGCUGUGGCCUCGGCCAGGGCCUCGAGUCUCUCCUGAGAGUGAGCGCUCCGGCGCUUCUCCUCCGGCCCGGUGAGGCGGGACCGAGAGGAGACCGCCGCGAAGAGAGGAGGCUGUGAGGAGCGGCGAGAGAGCGGCGCUCGAGCCCCGCAGGCACCAUGGCUGGGAUCAUCAAGAAACAGAUCCUGAAGCACCUCUCCAGCGGUCCCUGCUGGCUGUGGUGGAGAUUGGUGUGCUGUGAAUUGCACCAUCACCUAAGUGAGUACCAGAAGCAUCUAAGGACCUGGCAGCUGACUGCCUGCUUUCUCCAGGAAAAGGGACCUUUGGUCCCUCAGAUUCACCAAAAACUUAUCUCCUGACAAAAUAAACCUAAGCACCCUUAAAGGAGAGGGCGAGCUGAAGAACCUGGAGCUGGACGAGGAGGUGCUGCAGAACAUGCUGGAUCUGCCCACCUGGCUGGCCAUCAGCAAGGUGUUCUGUAAUAAAGCGUCCAUCAGGAUUCCAUGGACAAAACUGAAAACACACCCCAUCUGUUUGUCUCUAGAUAAGGUAAUAAUGGAGAUGAGUACGUGUGAGGAGCCACGAGCCCCCAACGGUCCAUCCCCCAUCGCCACUGCGUCAGGACAGAGUGAGUACGGCUUUGCUGAAAAGGUUGUUGAGGGAAUUACUGUGUCUGUCAAUUCCAUUGUCAUCAGAAUUGGAGCGAAAGCUUUCAAUGCCUCCUUUGAACUCUCUCAGCUCCGCAUCUACAGUGUCAACGCACAGUGGGAGCACGGAGACUUGAGAUUUACUCGGAUUCAAGAUCCACAGAGAGGAGAGGUUUUGACAUUUAAAGAAAUAAAUUGGCAGAUGAUUCGAAUUGAGGCAGAUGCUACCCAAAGUUCACAUCUUGAAAUUAUGUGUGCUCCUGUUCGAUUAAUAACUAAUCAGUCAAAAAUCCGAGUCACCCUUAAAAGAAGAUUAAAAGACUGCAAUGUCAUUGCAACAAAGUUAGUUCUAAUACUGGAUGAUUUGUUAUGGGUUUUAACGGAUUCCCAGUUGAAGGCUAUGGUACAAUAUGCAAAGUCUCUCAGUGAAGCAAUAGAAAAAUCAACAGAGCAAAGGAAGAGCCUGGCUCCUGAACCUACUCAGAGUUCUACAGUCACUUCAUCUGCACAGCAUGUCAAGACCCCACAGGCCGCCAAUGCUCCCGACCUCAGCGAUGCGAUUGUGAAACUGUUCAAUGACUUCGAUGUGAAGGAAACCUCCCAUCAUCUAGUGAUUUCCCAUCUAGAUCUACACAUCUGUGAUGAUAUCCAUGCAAAAGAAAAAGAGUCAAAUCGACGCAUUAGCGGAGGUGCUAUGCAGCUCUCUUUCACACAGCUGACCGUAGACUACUAUCCUUAUCAUAAAGCAGGAGACAGUUGCAAUCACUGGAUGUAUUUUAGUGAUGCAACUAAAACAAAAAACGGAUGGGCUAACGAGUUGUUACAUGAAUUUGAAUGCAACGUUGAAAUGCUUAAGCAGGCGAUGAAGGACCAUAAUUUAGGUUCACCUCCGAAAUCCCCAACACAUGCCUCUCCCCAGCACACACAGACAGAGAAAGACUCAACUCUGAAAGGAACCCCUAAAGCACCUUCAGUAUUAUCUCAACCAUCAAAAGCUAAGCUGAUGUCUAGUUCUGUUGUUGUUAGACUUGCAGAUUUCAAUAUAUAUCAGGUCUCUACAGCAGAACAAUGCCGUUCUUCCCCUAAAAGUAUGAUUUCCUGCAACAAAAAAUCUCUGUAUCUUCCACAAGAAAUGUCAGCUGUCUAUAUAGAAUUCACAGAAUAUUACUAUCCAGAUGGAAAGGAUUUUCCAAUUCCAUCUCCCAACCUAUACAGCCAGCUGAAUGCUCUCCAGUUUACUGUGGAUGAAAGAAGCAUUCUGUGGUUGAACCAGUUCAUCCUGGAUUUAAAGCAGAGUCUUAAUCAGUUCAUGGCUGUGUACAAAUUGAAUGACAGCUCAGAAUCUGAUGAGCAUGUGGACAUUCGGGUAGACGGCUUAAUGCUCAAGUUUGUCAUUCCUUCUGAGGCGAAGCCGGGCUGCCAUCAAGAUCAGCCUCACACAGUGUCCAUUCAGAGCUCUGAGAUGACUGCCACCAACACGAGGCACUGCCCAAACUGCCGCCACUCCGACCUGGAGGCUUUGUUUCAAGACUUUAAAGAUUGUGACUUUUUUAGCAAAACUUAUACUAGAUUCCCCAAAUCCUGUGACAGUUUUAAUCUUCUACAUCCGAUCUUCCAGAGACAUGCCCACGAACAAGAUACCAAAAUGCAUGAGGUUUAUAAAGGGAAUAUUAUCCCCAAAUUGAAUAAAAACACUCUUAAAACAUCUGCUGCCACCGAUGUGUGGGCGGUGUACUUCUCCCAAUUUUGGAUAGACUAUGAAGGGAUGAAGAGCGGGAAGGGGCGGCCAAUAAGCUUUGUAGAUGCUUUCCCGCUGUCUAUCUGGAUUUGCCAGCCAACACGAUAUGCAGAGUUACAGAAAGAGCUACAGACUUGUGAUCAAGUGACCCUUAAUACCUCACAAAGUGAGUCUAGUGAUCUGGCCGGCCGAAUGAAGAGGAAGAAACUCUUGAAGGAGUAUUACAGUACAGAGUCUGGGCCUUUGACAAAUGGUAGUCAGAGCCCUUCAUCGGACACAUUUUUAAGGUUUUCCUCUUCGUCUUCAGACGCGGAUGUUCACGUCCUGGUCCGUGUUCAUAAACAUGUCAGUAUGCAGAUCAACCACUACCAAUAUCUGCUGCUGCUUUUCAUACACGAGUCCCUCGUUCUGCUUUCGGAUACCUUGCGGAAGGAUGUAGAAGCUGUGACUGGCAGCCCUGCUACCCAGACUUCUGUUUGCAUUGGAGUUUUACUUCGGAGCGCGGAGUUGGCUUUGCUGCUUCAUCCAGUCAAUCACACGAGCACUCUGCGCUCUCCUGCUUCUGAAAGCGGGAGCCCGCUGCUUCCUGACUUCCUGCCGGCAGAAAAUGGGGGGGUUUUGUCUUCAAAGAGAAAACAAGGUAUACAUCGGAUUAGAAAUGCUACUCUCAAUCAUAUGUCAGACAACAGGUCGAUGAGUGUUGACCUUAGCCAUGCCCCUUUAAAGGAUCCUUUGCUUUUUAAAUCAGCCAGUGACACAAACCUGCAAAAAGGCACUUCUUUUCUAGACUACUUAUCAGAUAAACAUUUAGGGAAAAUAAGUGAAGACGAAAGUAGCGGACUUGCUUACAAGAGUGGCUCAGGAGAGAUGGCCUCAGAAGUGAGUCACACGAAGGAUGUGGCCUGCACAGACUCAGAUAGUGUCUUAAACUACAGAGACAACUCAGCUGUGCUUUCCCUGGAUAAUGACAUCAACCAGAACCCUCCUUUAAAUACUGUAGCUGGUAAGGGAAAUGAAGCCAUAUACUCCAUCUUCAAAGCUGAAGAUUUCCUUCCUGAAGCAGCUUCGCUCCCUGAGACGCAGGGGAGUGGUAAAGAAGAGGCGCCCCCAGUCAGAGCACUUAAAUCCCAGCCGUCCUUAAGUGUUAAAUCUAAGGAGCGCUGCCCACCCGCCCCAGCUCCAAUCUCAGUUUCCUACAAGAACAUGAAAAGGAGUGCCUCCCAGAUCUCCCUGGACACCCUUUCCCUGGACAGCAUGGUACUGGACGAGCGGCUGGAGAGCGAGGGAAGUGAUAGCCACGCGCUGCUGGGGAAGGCAAUGAAAAGGAGCUCAAAUACAAGUUGCCACAGCCCUGCAGAGAGUGUGAACACCAGCGCACAUGUGCAGAAUUGCGGGGAGGCCUCUCCAGAUGCGAUCAGCACCAACUCAGAAGGCACGCAGGAGAACCGUGAUGAUCUGAUGUCAGUUGUGGUGUUUAACAUCACUGGCGUUAAUGGGGAAAUUGACAUCCGAGGGGAAGAUACAGAAGUCUGUCUUCAGGUGAACCAGGUGACGCCAAGUCAGCUAGGCAACAUCAGUCUGCGGCAUUACCUCGGUAACCGGCCAGUUGGUUCUGACCGGAAAGCUAUAAUUCAUCCCAAAUCCUCUCCUGAGAUUUCUCUGAGGUUUGAAAGUGGCCCAGGUGCUGUCGUACACUCUUUGCUUGCAGAAAAAAAUGGAUUUCUUCAAUGCCACAUAGAGAACUUUACUACUGAGUUUCUCACAUCUUCCCUUUUGAAUAUUCAACACUUUCUGGAAGAUGAAACUGUUGCAACAGUAAUGCCAAUGAAGAUACAAGUUUCUAACACACAGAUAAACUUGAAAGAUGACAGUCCCCGGGGUAGCACAGUGUCCCUUCAGCCAAGUCCCGUGACUGUGCAUAUUGACCAUCUUGUGGUGGAGCGGAACGAUGAUGGUUCUUUCCACAUCAGAGAUUCUCACCUCUUUAACCCUGGGACUGAUAUCAAAGACAGUGCCAGCAGCGAUUCAGUGGUGCGGGCCCAGGGGACGUGUGACGUGAGGAAGCAAGGCAGUGUCACCCAAGCCACCCAGACAAGCCUGUCAAGCCCAGAUGCUCCCUUGCCUUCACAGCCAGCGGCCUUUCCCGAGUGCCCGGCUGACAUCACAAGGGAACAGCUCAUGGAGGAGAACGAGUGUCUCAGGCAGAAGCUGGCUCAAGCUAAGAUGGAGCUUGCGGAGGCUCGCUCGGCCAGAGACGAGCUCCUCCUUCAGAUGAAGAGGCUGGCCCUGGAGUAGCUGCAGUGGCCAUGAGAGCACGGCUUAUAGCUCUGGAGAAGCAAGGUUAUGUUUACAUGAAGGGUGUAACCAGUUAGUGGGACGUUUUCCUUUACACAAAAAUAAAGCGUGUGCUGAAGUGGUGGCUGUUCCAAACCCUGUUGAGGAAACCUUGGGUGCAAGCGGUACAGUCAGCUGGGUGGCCCAGUGAAGGCUGCGUGUGCACACCGGAACCCAGGCACAUGCCUAUGAAACCUGGCCGUGUGCACACCGGAACCCAGGCACAUGCCUAUGAAACCUGGCCGUGUGCACACCGGAACCCAGGCACAUGCCUAUGAAACCUGGCAGUUCCUGCUUCAGUGUCUCAGCAGAUGCAUUUUUAUAAGAAAAACGAAGACCUGUUGUGCUCAUGCAGAUUGUUGAAUUAUUUCUCUUUGUUAAUAAUUUACUAUUAUUUCCAAAAAAACAAAAAACCAGAUGCUUUUAGGGCUAAUGUAAAAGAAAAGUAGGCUUACAUUUUAGAUGUUAUUAAAAUUAUGUACUUAAUCUAUAAUUAUUUAAUUGUUGUAAAAAGUCCAAUCAGAUUAAUAAAUUAUAUAAUUACCGAGUUUACAAAUGGAAAAACUCCUGACCCUACUGAGCAUAUGAAGCAACUUGAAGAUGUGAAAAUCACCUUACGUGAUGGGGGAGGCUUCAGUAAGGCACUCACGCAAAAUCAAAGCACAAAUAUAAGGGCAUAUGGGCAAGUGACUGAAAAGCAUUACUUGUACAUUCCACUAGAUGUGUGUCAUUAGAAGGAAAAAGGCAAUUUAUCUUGCUAUAUUUGGCAGUAUUUGUAACUAUAAAAAUUUUAAUUAUUACUAUUUUAAUAAUUCUUUAUCUUUCCUCUUUAAGGAGAAUGUUUUCAGAGAAUUUUUUUUUACACACAUAAAACUAUUUCAUAUCAUUUCUGUAGCAUCAUAUUACACACAUGUUUGCUCAUAUGAAUAUAUAAGGCUAGUUUGGAUUAGCUUUCUGUGUUGCGUGUCUAUGUGUGUAUAUAUAUGUGUGUAUGCACACAUAUAUAUACACACACACAGUCUUCUAUAAGAGUUAUUGGUAAAUUUUGAAAUCUAUUUUCUAUGGGGUCAGGUUGAAAACACCAUGAGAGAAUCUCAAUUAUGAAAUAAAGUACAUGAAUAUUUUAAGAAACAGGUUUUUGAAGACAGUAUAUUUCUGAUAGAAUUAAAGUAAGUGGUGUCUAUUUUAAACCUCACAUUCCUCAAUAUAACUAUACCCAGACAGGCCAUGAGACAGCCGGGCUGCUCUUUCUCUGAGGUACUUGGGAACCCUGUCCCUUGCUGGGACAUUCACGGUGCUUUGCAUGUUGGCCAGAAUUACUGCCAUCCCUGUAUCCAAGGACUUGGCAGAAAUCACAUACUUCAUGACAUCACGUGUUGUGUUUUAUUGUGAACGGUAUUUACCUCCUUCCUCCCCACAUCAUCCGUUUCAGUUGACAUCAUUUGGGGAAAAAAAAACAAAAAACAGGCACUGUUUGGGAGCCAACAUACAGCCAAGAACAAAUUAAAUCGUUACUGUAUUACCUCAGAGUAUUUACACCACCACGGGAACACUUUGCUACUCUAAGCUGUAUGUAGCCUUAGAUGAAGUGUGGAGGUCUAAUCAGAGCUGCAGAAUGCACAGCCUGCUAACCUUUGAUGUCUGGUGUGGAUUCAGCAAGAGUACAGAGGACGGAUGGGACAUGAACUUCCGAGCUGACGCUGUUUCUCAGGACUGACCUGUUCUACAUAAACAUACAAAUUUUCUAUGGAACAAUGUUAGACUGUUUAAUGUUACUAGACACUGAAUGUCUUCCUUCUUCCUUUAAGAUGUAUUUGGCCUUCCCAUGAAAUCGUAUAAACAACAGAGCUGAUAAUAUGCUGAGCGUUCCAUAUAUUUUGUCCAAUUGGUUUUUCAUUUUAUUUAUUGAUAAAAGUACUGUUUUGGUAGUGGUUUACAAUUGAGGAAACAUCUCCCAAAAUAUUCCUGUAUAUUCCCCCCACAAACGUGGAAGGUGGGUGUGAUUGGGAUGCUGGAAAUUUGAGAGGAAAGAGACCUUUGAUGCUUAAAAUACGUUUAGUGGAACCACAAUUAAUGAUGUGGCUUUGAUUUAAAGUGCACCAUUAAAUGCUUUAUUUCAGCACAGUCA